AUGGAGGCAGAAUCACCAACCCAAACAUCUAAAACGGCGGCCAUCAGCAAUGCGGCCGACAUUUUGGUCAUCUGUUUUUACUUCCUUGCAGUCAUUGGCACUGGCCUUUGGUCCAUGCGCCGGAUCAAUCGAGGGACAGUGGGGGGAUAUUUCUUGGCUGGAAGGAAGAUGGUUUGGUGGCCGAUUGGUGCCUCUCUCUUUGCCAGCAACAUUGGCAGUGGGCAUUUUGUGGGAUUGGCAGGCACUGGAGCAGCAAAUGGCCUGGCCGUGGCAGGAUUUGAGUGGAACGCUAUAUUUUUUGUUCUUCUCCUGGGAUGGUUCUUUGUUCCAGUUUACCUCUCCGCUGAGGUCAUCACAAUGCCACAGUACCUGAAAAAACGUUUUGGAGGCCAACGGAUCCGUCUCUACCUCUCCAUCCUCUCUCUUUUCAUGUACAUCUUCACCAAAAUAUCAGUGGACAUGUUUUCUGGUGCUGUGUUCAUCCAGCAAGCUCUGGGUUGGAAUAUUUAUUUAGCUGUCAUAGUGCUUCUGAUCAUAACCACUAUUUAUACCGCAACAGGUAACUUGGGUUCUUGGGGGAGGGAUAAACUGG